AUGGGACGACCAGACCCUCGUAUUAAGAAAGCUGUUGAAGCCAUGAAGGCAUUGGGAUAUACAGAGGGCAGAGUAAGGCCGGUUCUUGGUCAACUUCGGAAGAUUUAUGAUAAUAACUGGGAUUUUAUUGAAGAAGGAGGUUAUUUGGUCCUCAUCAACGCUUUAUUGCCUCAGGACGAGCCGGCCACUAAAAUGAACGAGUCUAGAGAUGGAGCAAGGAACAUGGGAAAGAGGAAAGUUCUUGAGGUUGCUAUUCAAGACGAAGAAGAUGAUAUCGAUGAAGAUGUAGCUCCUUUGAAGAGGAGGUUGCGCAACACAAGCCUUAGCUUAGGCAGCCCCUCAUCGAAGAAGCCAAACGAAGAGGAUCCCAAGCAUGAAGAUGCUGAAAUGACUGAACUACCUCCUUUAAAGAGGAUGUACUUGCGCCGAAAAGGUGAAAGAGGGUCUGCAAUGCAUGUGUCUAACAACGCAAGUCCUAGCUUCAGCAGCUCCAUGUCACUGGAAUCCGAAGAAGUACCACCAAUCAAACUCUUGUCAGCUGAUUCUGUAGUAGCUGACACGGACUCUUUUGCCGGAGCACUUAUUAUCGUCGAUGAUGAGCCCUUUACCGAUCAUAGGCCUAUGAUUCCAGAGAACUGUUCAGCUCCUGUUCUUGAGAUGGAGAAAUCAAUUAUGUCUGUGGAAGAACGGGAUGGAGAAACCGACAUUACUCUUAAUAAUACUACUGCCAUGGACGUUCUUCCUUCAGUAACAGUCUCUGACAUGGUUAAGGCGGGUGAUGAGAGCGGUGCAGCUGAUAUUUCCAUGGAGUUGGUUGUUGUUCCUGACUGUGACAUAUCUGCAGAUCGCUGGAGAGCGCUUAGGUCCAAAAAGGACAUCACGGUUGGUAAAGAAAAUGUCGAGAUACCAUGGGUGAAUGAGAUCAACGACGAGGUUCCCUCACGUUUCCGCUACAUAGCGCAGAGCGUUGUGUUUCGAGAUGCUGCAGUGAAGUUCUUGGUCUCAAGUGACCCUGAUGAUGAAUGUUGCUUCUCUUGUAUUGGAGAUUGCUUGGACUCUUCACCGAUGCCUUGCAGUUGCACAAUUGCAUACACAGUUGAUGGCGUUCUCAAAGAAGAUUUCUUGGAAGCACGGAUCUCUGAGGCCCGUGAUCAACGGAAACAGGUGCUGCAAUUCUGUCAAGAGUGUCCAUUGGAGAAGGCUAAAAAGGAAGAGGCUUUAGAACCAUGCAAAGGGCAUAUAAAGAGGAAAGGCAUGAAAGAGUGUUGGAUCAAAUGUGGCUGCGGCAAUAGAUGUGGUAACCGAUUGGUCCAAAGAGGGAUACACAACAAAUUAGAGGUGUUCUUCACACCGAAUGGUAAAGGCUGGGGCCUAAGGACUUUGGAGAGAUUGCCUCAGGGGGCAUUUGUUUGCGAGUACGUUGGAGAGAUCUUGACAAUGCAAGAGCUGUACCAACGUAGCUUGGACAAUGAACUUACUUCUCCUGUGAUAUUGGAUGCACAUUGGGGUUCUGAAGAAAGUUCAGAGGAUGAGAAAUCUCUUUGUCUUGAUGGGACGCGUUAUGGAAACAUUUCAAGGUUCCUUAAUCAUAGAUGCCUUGAUGCGAACUUGAUCGAGAUCCCAGUCCAUGUCGAGAGUCCUGAUCAGCACUAUUAUCAUAUUGCAUUCUUCACCACAAGAGACAUCCAGGCAAUGGAGGAACUCACAUGGGAUUAUGGCAUUGACUUCAACGAUGAUGACUGUCCGAUGAAACCAUUUGAUUGUCUGUGUGGUAGCAGAUUCUGCAGGAACGCUAAGCGAUCAAAGAAGGCCAAGAAGGUACUGAGCAUAGCAUGA